UUUCGCUUUACUUAUCCAUCAGGUCCCACAUCUCGCCAUUUUGACAGCCUAUAGAUUUUCACAUCGUACAAAAGCAUUGGCUGUAUUCAUGACUCGCCGUGGGUGAAUCAUGAUUUAAGCCUGCGGGGCAAUCAACCGGCGACCCGUAGCGACGAUCGCUCUACGGCAACCAUCGAGCCAUAUCCCUUCUUUCUGUGAUGCAGCGUAUUCUACCUAAAUAAUGGAUUCGAAAGCUACUCUGGGCAGCAUCCAGAAAGCCGUCUGGGCCGGAAAGCUACCCUUACAAAUCACCUUGGCUCCAUCAGAGAGCCGUACAUUUGACCAAACAGAUCCAUACCUAAUCUCCUGCCCCCGCGUAUCAUACCUACCAUCGCUUCUCCCAAGGCUGAGAGCUUUCUUCGCCCCCUCCCUUAUUGAUCCCGGCUCCCGCCCGCAUGAAGGCUGGUUCUCCUUCGAGGGAGUUCCAUUGAAAUGGCACUACCCAGUUGGCCUCCUUUAUGACCUUUAUGCUGGAGCUGAUCCUGCCUCUAAAGGAGGUGCUGACACUGACUUGGCAUCUACAUCGGAUGAAGACCCUUUACCAUGGCGUCUAGUCGUGCAUUUCAGCGACUGGCCCGAUGAAGAACUCGUCCGACUCGAUGCAGAUGGGAUAGUGAUGCAUGAUGCUUUCAUCAAUAGUGUCAAAGAAGCAGAUUUCCUGAGGAACGGUACCGCCAAAGGAAUUAUGACCCUUUCCAGGGAGGAUUCAGCGGGGCUCUGGGAGUCAGUCAGAGAUGUGGACCUGCCAAAUUUCCAGCGAAUAUCCAACAUUCUCCUACCACCACAGUCCCAACCGUUCCGCAACAUACCUGUCCGGUUCUUUCUCCCCCUCCCCCCAGACUCAGACUCGCCCUCUCUCAAAGUAGUCCAGUCUCCUAUUCCACCAACAAUUCAGCCAAUCUCCGGACCUAGCGCCAGUGUCAUGGCGAGCCAAUCUAUUUUAAGCACAUCCAGAGGGCCCCAACCACAGACCAUAGGGUCAGCACUGCACUCGCUUCUACCGCAUCUGUUUCCUAGUCGAAGGACACCUGUCCUGGCGAAGCCAGUAUUGCAUGGUGCCGCGGUGCCAAUGAGCGCACCGCUAGACGAAGUGGUGAGAUGCUCGGGGUAUGGCGAUGGGUGGCUUUACAUUGUGAUCAGGAUGAUGGGGUGAUAUAUUAUCAUCUCAUUGGCAAAGAGUGAUUCAGCAUGAAUGGCC